AUGGCACAAGAUUCGGCUCACAAGCUUUCCCUGGCCCUCUCUGAAGCCAAGGCUCUCUACGUAGCCCGAAAUGCCAAAUCCCGAGCAAUCCACGAAGAAGCCACCAAGUCAUUCCCUGGAGGCAAUACCAGGACGGUGCUUCAUACUGAUCCCUUCCCCAUCUGCAUGAAGUCUGGCCAGGGCUAUCAACUGACCUCUGAGGAUGGGAACACCUACACAGACCUUACAUGCGAAUUCACCGCAGCGCUCUAUGGCCACUCAAACCCUGUGAUUCUCGAUGCCGUGAGCAAUGUCCUCAAGACCGUGGGCAUGAACGUUGGCGCAACGACAUCUCAGGAGCAAUUGUUUGCUCAGGAAUUGUGUCAGCGCUUUGGGCUUGAACGAGUGCGCUUCACCAACUCCGGCACUGAGGCCAACCUCCAUGCUCUGGCCGCUGCGAGGGUGUUCACCAACAAGAGAAAGGUGGUUGUGUUCAACAGAGGCUACCAUGGAGGAGUUCUGGGCUUCAAGGACGGAAAUCCAGCGCCUAACAAUGUUGACCAAAGCGACUGGAUCGUUGUCAAGUACAAUGAUGUCGACGCUGCCACCAAGGCAAUCCAGAGUGAGGGAGUGGCCGCCGUCUUGGUGGAAGGCAUGCAAGGAAACGGAGGGUGUAUUCUUGGAACUCCAGAGUUCCUGACUGGCAUCCAAGACGCUGCUGCAAAGGCCGGCGUGGUGUUCAUCCUCGACGAGGUCAUGACUUCUAGAAUAUCAGCUUCCGGCUUUGCAGGCCUGCGAGAAAUCAAGCCCGACCUCAAGGCGUUUGGCAAGUAUCUCGGCGGCGGUCUUGCUUUUGGCGCCCUGGGCGGAAGGGCCGACAUCAUGGCAGCCUUUGACCCGAGACUCGCCACCUCGAUUUCUCACUCUGGCACCUUCAACAACAACACGCUCGUGACGCAUGUCGGCUAUGCGGGCCUCAGAAAUAUCUACACUCCCGACGUAGCGGACAAGUUUACCGAGAUGGGCUCGGCGUUCCUAUCCAGGCUUCAGGAGACAGUGAAAGGAACAAGGAUAACUUUCACGGGGAUUGGUUCCGUCUUGUGCUCUCAUUUCAUCGAAGGGGAUGUAGAAGUGAGGGAUUUUGCUAGUGGAGACGAUGUGCAAGAAAACGAGGCGCUCAAGGACUUGUUUUGGUUUGAGAUGCUGGAGCAGCGGUUCUGGGUCACGCGCAGAGGCUUCAUUGCGCUGAUCCUGGAGACGCCGCAGUCGGAGCUGGACAGAUUUGUAGAUGCUGUCAAGGCCCUUGUCCACCUUGUAACUUUUGCCAUCGAUUCUCGUAGCUGCAUCAACACGCGCCUCCAAAACUCUCUUCUUUUCUUCUUUAUUCAACCCCCCAACUCACACCACCAAACCCCCUUCUCACAAACCACCGCACAUCCCCCGAAUCCCCAUAUCCCCGUCUUCUCAAUGGACUACCAAAACCGCGCGGGUUCCAAAUUCGGCGGCGGCGGUGUCGCCUCGCAUUCCGCCACCAACGCCGACCGCCGCGAACGCCUCCGCAAGCUCGCCCUCGAGACAAUCGACCUCGACAAGGACCCCUACUUCUUCAAGAACCACGUCGGCUCCUUCGAGUGCCGCCUCUGCCUGACCGUCCAUCAAAACGACGGCUCCUACCUGGCCCACACCCAGGGCAAGAAGCACCAGACCAACCUCGCCCGCCGCGCCGCCCGCGAGCAGAAGGAGGGCAAGCAGAACAUCGACCCGGCCACGGGCCUGCCCGCCAGCGUCGCCGCCAACCUCAGCGCGCGCCGCAACGUCGUCAAGAUUGGCCGCCCCGGAUACAAAAUCACAAAGAUCCGCGACCCCGUGACGCGCCAGCAGGGCCUCCUCUUCCAGCUGCAGUACCCGGACGCCACGCCCGAGCUGGCGCCCAAGUGGCAGGUCAUGAACGCCUUUACGCAGCGCGCCGAGGAGCCCGACAAGAACUUUCAGUACCUGGUCGUCGCCGCCGAGCCGUAUGAGAGCGUGGGGUUCAAGAUCCCCGCGCGAGAGCUGGACAAGCGGGAGGAUAAGCAGUUUUGCUUCUGGGACCCGGAUUCCAAGGAGUAUUGGAUUCAAGUCAUGUUCAUGACGGAGCGUGAGGAGCGCUUCAAUGCUGCUCCUGGCUUGACGGCCAGGAGAUGA